AUGUCAUCCCACAAUAAACAACCCAAGCACACGGCGCCUAGUCCAUCAAAGAAGCCCCAAUAUUUCGGAGGCCGCGAUGGGCUAGGAGCCUACAUCACAAACCCAGAGUCAUAUCCUUCUGAUAUCGUGAUUUCCCAUAACGCAGAUUUCGUCGCUAUUCAUGACAUGUUCCCAAAGUCCUCGCUGCAUUUGCUCCUGCUCCCUCGCGACCAAACCAAAACCCACCUCCACCCCUUCGAAGCCUUCGAGGACGCCGAGUUCCUCGCCAAAGUAAGGUUUGAGGCCCAAAAGCUUCGUUCUUUCGCUGCGGCCGAGCUGCGGCGCAAAUAUGGGAAAUACUCUAUUCAAGAACAGGAAAGGCAAAACGCUCUCAGUGUUGACCCUCCGCCAGAUGAGCUGCCCGUGGGAAGAGAUUGGGAGAAGGAGCUCAUGUGUGGGAUCCAUGCGGUGCCCUCAAUGAACCACUUGCAUGUACAUGUGAUUGCGGUGGAUCGCUACAGUGACCGUUUGAAACACCGGAAGCACUAUAAUAGCUUUGCGACACCCUUCUUCGUGCCUCUUGAUGACUUUCCCUUGGCCCAAGGCGACCCACGGAGGGAACCAACGCGCCAGAAUUAUUUGAAGGAAGAGUUUACUUGCUGGCGCUGUGGCAAGAAAUUCGGUAACAGAUUCGUUGAGUUGAAGAGUCAUCUGGAGCAGGAAUUCUUAGAAUGGAGGAAAUUAUAA